CAUACUAUACAGUGUCCAGUGGGCAGUGAUAAUACCGUACGAAAACAUUACACACAACAACGGGCUGGGUGUUGUUAAGAAAUUUCAAAUAUGUCUAUAUAGUUUAGUUUUUUAUUUUCUAGUUAAGUAGUAUAAUUGUUUUUCCUCCUUUCUCACUGAAAUCCGUUCCGUCCACUUUUUGUUAGUACAACAAUUACACUUCUGCAAUGAUGUGAUAAUAAACGAAUAUGAUUUCAACGACACUGAAGUUUUUAUUGUUGGUUCAGUUAAUUUUGAAAUUCAACUCCAUCGCGAACGCCCGCGAUUACAACUCAUGGACGAACAACCAAAGGACCUCCAAAGGUUUCACCGAAUGGUCAGGUGGUAUUGUAGCCGACCAACAUCGGUUGACGAUUGACCAAAGCCCUUAUGUGAUUUUGAAUAAUGUCAUCAUAGAAGACACGGGGCGGCUAAUUAUCGAUCCGGGUGUGACAUUGAAAUUCACCCCAAAAACUGGUCUUACAGUCAAAGGAUCGAUUGUAGCCAAUGGAGAUGCACAUAAUAAAAUUCUAAUGACAUCAAGUAUGGAUGUAGAAGACACCGAUGAUAACAGUUACAGUCAGUCGUCAUUAAAUAUUAGACUUGUAGAUGGUCCUAGUACCUUAGCCGGACGUUUGCAGUUAUUUUACAAAGGUGCAUGGAGAUCAAUAUGUACAUCCACACAAUGGAACAAAGCAGAUCUUCAAACGACAUGUCGACAUUUGGGAUACCGUGGAGGACAGUUUUUACGAUGGAUGGAACCCAAAGUUGAUAAAUUACAUUCUCGUCUCAUGCUAUCAGAUUUGCAAUGUCAGGGAAAUGAAAAUGAUCUAUUCGGAUGUAAUGGAUGGACAAAUAAAAGACUUGGUUCAGGCAGUUGUGAUUUAAAACAAGAUAUAGCUGUUGAAUGUCUACCGUAUUAUGAAAAUAGUUAUGCAGUAAAAAAUUAUUGGCAAGGUCUAAAAUUUGAAAAAGCACAAUUCAAAAAAUCAUUGAUACACCACAAUACUCUUUAUCAGCCAGUUUCACUUUCUGAACUGAACCAUGUUAUAUUAACUUAUGCGGGCGUUGCUACUGAUUUUAAAGCUACUUCAGCGAUACAAAUAAAUGGAGUUCCUCCUCUAUUAAAAAAUGUUUCAAUUUUGCAUUCUGCAUACAAUGGCAUUAAUAUUACAACUUCCGAUUCCGUGCUAGAUUUACAAGACUGUAUUAUAAAAAAUAAUAAAGGACAUGGAAUUUUUAUGAAUUCAUCUUUUGGUCAAGUGAGUUUAAUGAGAGCUCUAAUAUCAAAUAAUAAAGGCGAUGGGGUUCAUAUUGUACAAGGUAACGUGGAUCGAGAUCUCAUGAGUAACGUCAACGAAUUAUGUUCAUUGCCAACAACAACUAGUCAAACGUUCCCUGUCGUUGUUUCUGUACAACAAAAUUUAUACAAUGCUAAACAAAUCAAUUGUUAUAAAAGUUUGUUUACCAAAAUUGGUCAAGUAUUAACAGUUAAUAUCGAACAUACAAUGUCACACCAAGUUGAUAACAAUUCAUUUAUAUAUAUCUACGAUGGAGAAGUUUCGACUCCUGAUAGACUUCUGGCUACUAUUUCGGUACAUAAUAAUACUGCGCCACAGUCUGUAACAUCAAGUCGUAAUACUAUAUUAGUUCAGUUUACUGCCACAGGUAGAUCAAGUGUAUUUGGUCUGCUCAGAGUUACGUCUGGAUUUGUGAAGUGGCAUAGUGUUAAUAUAUCUGAAAGCGUUUUAUCAGACAAUAUUGGUUCCGGAUUGUUUGUCGAAAACUUAUACAGUGCUAUCUCAAUAACCAACAGUUCAGUUCAAAAUAAUUGUGGAAACGCCGGAGUUAAUGUUUACAACGGGUCAGCUGAUAUCACACUUCUAGGCUCACAAAUAUCACAUAAUAAUGGUUUUGGAAUACUCACCAACAACUAUGGAGGUAUUCGUAAUGUUACCCAUUCUGUAAUCAAAUCAAACUCGGGACCUGGCAUGGCAGUGCGGCUCUUAGAUAAACAUACUAAAAACGUGCCUCAAAAAACAAUUUUGACAUACACACAAAUUACUAAUAAUUCUGUGGAAAUCGAUGGUUGGUGUCAUGGUAAAUCUAGUAUUAAUGUAACAGGAAACACGUUCAAUUUUAGUAUUUAUGCAUUGGAAAUAAAGUCGUGCAUUGAACGACAAGCCGACACGACAAACUUAAUUGUAUCAUACAAUACAUUUUUUAAAAAUAAAAAGUUAGCUAUUCUUGUUAAACCAAUGCUAAAUAUGGAUACUAUUAUCGAGUACAACCGGUUCGAGAAACACAAUCAUGGUUGUAUAUUGAUUAGAAACGAUCAUUUUGAUGAAGAUUUUGACGAGUCCUUUACGAAUGCAGUAAUACGACAUAAUGAAUUUUAUGGCAAUAGUGGUAGUUAUGUAGUCAAUUUGGGAUUGAGCACAUAUAGCCAACUACAUAAUAUGUUGUUCACUUGGAAUUAUUUAAAAAACAAUCAAAUAAUACAGCCUUUCAAAGUAAUCUCGAGAAACAAAAUAGCCGCAGUAGUUAUAAUUACUUCUUCUAACGUACUUGUUAUAAGAAAUAUAAUUGAAAAUCCAUUGUCCAACUACGAAAUUGGCGUACAACUUGAAGACCAAAGUCUUGUUGUCAAUGCAACUUAUAAUUGGUUAGGAAAGACUGAUGAUCAUUAUAUUGUUAAUAGACUAUUUCAUAGACGUGACAGAUACAAUUUAGCCAAAAUUGAGUUUGUACCAUUUUUAUUGCAUCCUACAAAUCCAGGCACUACAUCGAUCAUGACUAUUUCUACAGUAGUCACUCAGUUAUACAAAGAUGUCAAUGAUUUUGGGGGUGAAGUAGACGGGGUAGAAUAUGUUCCAAGUGGAGAAUAUGUUGUUACGAGAGAUAUCAAUGUAGCAUCCAGUGGAAAACUGGUUAUUUAUCCUGAUGUCACCUUGAAGUUUAAUCCUGGUGUGGGUAUAAUGGUUGCUGGUAAAUUGGAGGCGCGAGGCAGAGGAUUUGGAAAUAUUAAAUUUACUCUACGUGAAGAUUUAAGCUCUGUUGCUAAUGAAAAUAUAACCGAGACGGUUAGUUCAAAUGUUCGCUUAAUUGCAGGUCGAACGUAUACAGAAGGAAGAUUGCAGGUUUAUUCUGAAGAGCUAAACACAUGGGGAUCAGUAUGUAACUACGGUUGGACAGUGGAAAAUGCUGCUUUAGUCUGUCGACAACUGGGAUUAGUAUUAAAUCCUUUAGAUUGGAGAGUUGACGUUCCUAUUGCAGAUCCUUCCGAGCCUAUAUUUUUAACAAAUGUGACAUGUUCAGAUGAAGAUAUAGACAUGACAAAUUGUAAAGCUGAAAAGGUUAUUGAAUUUGAACAUGGUUGUGAUCAUUCUCAAGAUGUUGCAUUUCGAUGCGAACAGCCAGGUUGGACUGGUUUGAGAUUAGGAGUAUUAGCGGACACUUGCAAUUUACAAUAUAUUACUAUUGAAAAAGCUGGACUCUUUGAUUACAUAACUAAUGAAUUUGGGCCAGCUUUGCAAGUGGACUUAAACAGACAUACAUUCGAAGGUGUAAAAAUAAUAGAUAAUGCUGGAAAUGGGUUAGAAAUUAUUUAUUCUGAUUUAUACAACAGUUUGAGCUAUAUUCAUAAUUCAGAAUUUAGCGGUAAUAAAGGAGCGGGAAUAUUUUUCAAACAACUUGGUUUAACAAUUCAUGAUAGUACAAUUGAAAGGAACAAAAUUGGUAUUCAACACGAUGUUUCAAUUAGUAUUGAUAAACAAAGAGAACUUGCCGGAUGGUUCAAGCCAUUUGUUUCGAGUUCAUAUCUCUAUAGGCCUGUUUUGUUGCCCAGUGAUCAAUCGAGCACUCAAAUAGAACUAAAACCCAACGAGUUCAAAUAUGUAAUCUCCAAACAAAUAUCAUCAAUUCUCGCAGAAACAAUUGAGUCAAAAAUUGUAUUUCAAUGUACUAGAAUCAAUUACGUUGUUGGAAUCCAGAUGCUUAACAUUCCUCAUAAUAGUACUAGUGAAAAAAUAACAGUUCGUAAUAUUCACAGUAACAAAAUCAACGAUAACGUCUUGUGGAGUUCUGAUCGUGAAAGUAGUAUUUUUCCAACACAAAGUAGUUCCAACAGCAUUGUCAUGCACUACAGCAGUGGAUUAAGUGCUCGAGGAAAUAUUGUUCUCCUUAUAUCUUGUACCCAAGCCACAAUUAACCUAGGACUAUUGGUUCAACCAGAACCUAAGUUGUAUGUUACUAAAACUGCCAUAAAAAGUAAUGAAGUUGGUAUUUUAAGUUCUUAUUACAGCGAGUUUAUCAGUAUGGAAAGUCACAAAAAUGUUAAAAAACUUAAAAAAGUUCAAUAUUAUAUGCGACCACUAAAUGAAACCAUACAUCUUUACGAUUGUGAUAUAUCUUAUAACAAAAAAGAAGGUUUACUUAUUCGUGAAAUUGAACCAUUUAUGUUUCCAUCGCUACUAAACAAUAAAUCACAUAUUCAUAUUACUAUCAAUCAAUCUAUAAUGGCUGACAAUGGCAUAAUUAUUAAUCAUUAUUCCAAAGACGCACAAAAUUCAUUAAAUGUUUACAAAUGGGAGCUUACUGGAAAUUCCUUUGAGCGUAAUCUAAUGGAUGGUAUUCAACUAACAUUGCCUUACUUGUACACGUAUGAUGAAAAUGUUACACAUUCAGUAAUAAUUAAUAACAAUACAUUUGUGCAUAACUCAAAUUUAAGAAUAGAUGUCGGUGGUCAUUUUUCAAUGUUAAAUAUUACACGAAACACUAUUCAAAAUAAUAUAUGCAAAGCCGGUCUUAUAACAAUAUCGGGUAUGGAAAAAUACUUACUUGUUUGGAAAAAUACUAUUGCAUCUAAUAAUGGAGAGUUUAUGGUCAAGUUCAGCGUUCAAAGCCAAUGUGAAAUUAUGAGUUCAGUAUUUGCUUUGUUCAGAGAAAAUGUAUUUAAAAGUAAUUCAAGAUUAAUAACUACAGGAUCAAAUUCUGCAUUGGUUGUAUUUGAUGGAAUUCAAAAUGUCAAAAUCGACCGUAAUUUAAUGUCGUCUAGUAAUAAUUUAAAUUAUGCUGUUAUUGCUGGAUUGAGAACUUCUAGGACAAGUUCUGUAAUAAAUAUGGCCAACAACUGGUGGGGUUCUGUGGAUGUAAACCGUAUAAAAGAACUUAUAUUUGACUUUGACGAUUGGAAUAAUAAUGCAGUCGCGGUUUUCACACCGUUUUUAAUUGACGAUACGUUUGAUGCAUCAUUAUCUAUGACUUGGGAUGAUGAUCUUUUACGAGUUUCUAAUGGUGUGUUGGGUGGUAAAAUUACAGAAUCUUUUACUGUAGCUCCAAAUGAAAACCCUUAUACCGUUAUAUCAGACAUUACAGUAAUGCCUGGUGCUACUUUGACUAUAUUGCCUGGAACAACAUUAGAGUUUGCGCCCAACAUUGGUAUUCUCGUUCUCGGGUCUUUAGUAGCUCGAGGGUAUACUGGUGGAGAAAUAACAUUCAAACCUUUAAGCAGACCAACUUUGAAACCAGUAGCAUAUGAUCUUAAGCCGAUGGCCGGUGUAAGAUUGAACCAUAUAAAGAAUGUUGAUGACUCGAAUACAAACUUUUUUGGAUUUCUGGAAAUAUGGAAUAGCACGCUUAUGCAGUGGUUGCCCACCUGCGAUCGUUCAUUUACUGAAGCUAACUCUAAAGUCGUGUGCAGAGAAAUUGGUUCAAACAGUACUACUUUGAAUACUUGGUUUACUUGGAAGAAACAUUAUUAUAAUGAAAGUCAAAUGGUCGUUGCAGCUCAGAGUUGGCCUCAACGUUUUAGAUGUUCAGGUCAUGAAAAUAAUUUACGAGACUGUCCAAUUCUUAAUAUCACCCAUGAUUUUUUGACAUGCGAUUGGAAUGAUGAAUCUUUUGUGUUUGUAUAUUGUACAGAAAGUAUUUUACCACACAUUCAACAACACUGGGGAGGAUUGCGGUUCGCUAAUAAUGAUUUUGAAGUGAAUGAUUACACUGAAUACUUACACGACGAUGAGAAUCACGGCUUGAAAUUAAAUAUACAAUCACAAUUACAGUUUGUACGAAUAGACGGUGCUGGCGUUUUGCAUAAUGAAUUAUCACCUGCUGUUAUGGUGAUUGGAAAAUCUCCUACUAUUAACUGGAUUAACAUUACGAAUUCAGCAUCUCAUGGCAUAUCCAUCUUAACUUUCAAACAUCAAAACAUACAUCUAUUUUCUAAUUGGAUAGAAAAUAAUACUGGUAUCGGCGUCAACAUUAUUUCUUUAACUGGUGAAGGCCAAGAAAACGAUGAGAGUUCGUUUAAUGUACUGAAACAAGUAAAUUUGCCAAAAGACACGUUUGGAUUGCUAGACAUGUGUGAUCCUACUAAAGACAUUAUAGUGUACGAACGUAUGAUUGUACAUUUUAAAUACGGUGACCAACCCUUAACUUGUGUAAAGAUUUUCCGCAGUCAUUUAGGAUUCAAAUCUUUAGGUCUUAGAAUAUUACAGCUGAAUUUAGCACACGAUAAUGACCAUAUUGGCGUAUACGAUGGUAUUUUGUAUAAUAAGACUUCUGAAAUUUUCCGUUUGGUCAAGUCUCCAAAAGUUCAGAGAAGGAGAUUUAUCAAGUCUACGUAUGGCAGUAUAAGUUUAAAAGCUGUAGCUCAGGCUGCGUCUUCUCGCGUUUACGGUUUUAUUGCUGAAAUUGUGACUCUUCCUAUUGCAGCAAUCGGUUUUGACCGCAACACCGAACACAAUGUUUCUUACUCGGUAAUAAAUAAUAACUUUAUGGGAGCUAUAAGUUAUGCCUGCGCUGGAGAGGUAAAUCCGCAUAUAAGUGUUGCUUGGAAUAAAAUAACAAACAAUUGUUUGCAUAUACCUGACACGAACAUAAGCACUUGUGAUAUGCCCUUGCAAUUUAAGUUACAAAACACUCAAAGUCUUCAAAUGCAUAAUAAUGUGCUAAUGAAGAACCAAGGUGGUCUAAAAAUAACAGCCGAUUCUAGUGGGUAUGCUACUGCUUUACAGGCAAACAUUUAUAACAAUUUGUUUGCCGAAAACUUCAAUUUGCCAGUGUUAAAUAUCAGUGGUAGUCGCAUAGCUCCUCAACAGCACAUCACUAUGUUUAGAAACUUCUUCUCCGACAACAUUGCACCGUUUGAAAAUAUCAUUCAACUUGCACAGGUUAUUUCAAAUUUCACCUUUAACUAUGUCUAUGGUAACAUCGGUUUGCAUAUACUACAAAUGUCUGGGUUUCAAGGCAUUAGGCUACCACUACAGUCAUCUACUUCACAUAAUGGAUUUUAUUGGAACGAAGCAACAAAUAUACAAAACAAGGGCACUAUAUUAGCUCUGUCCAACGGUCAAUACUACAUACAUAAUAUAUUUUAUGAUCCAGAUAAUAACUAUGAAAUUAUCGCAGCUACUAGCAACAAUCGAACAUUGAAUAACUUUAUUUAUCCCAUUGAUGGAUCUAUUGAUGCCCGUCAUAACUACUGGGGUUUCAACGAUACAGUAGCUGUGUUUGGCCGAAUCAAAGACUAUAAGGAUGAAAUAGAAUUAAUGCCAGUUGAUGUCAUGCCGUAUUACUCGUCAAACAAAACGUUACUGGAGUCAGAAAAAUGUCCACCUCCAUGGAUCUUAAUGACUUCGUCAAACACGUGUUUUGCGUAUAUAGCUGUGCCGAUGACGUUCCAUGAAGCUAAGAAAUUUUGUACAACAUUGAAUGCAUCUAUGCCGUUCAUUACUGGAGACUAUGCAAAUAUCAGGAGAUCGCUGCAAUUACAAAUUUACGACUAUGGUCUAAUAUGGGUUCAACAUAUUGACUAUAUAAGUCAGUGUACUGCUCUUGGAUUUAACAAAGUUCAAACAAAUUUAGAAUGUUCUGCUCGUAAUUCAUUCUUGUGUGAGAUGGAUCCUCAAGUAGUAAUAAAUCCAUUGAAAUGGCGGGACGAUAUUGUUAACAUAGCAGUGACAGGGUUGAUAUUUGGGUGUUUAAUAUGUGUAGUGUCUGUGUUAUGUUGUUGGUGGACAAAAUCAAAACGUAGGCAGGUUCAAAGAUUAGAUAGAAGGAAUUCCAUUCGUCAAUCACUAACAUCAUUGCGUUCACUAUCUCUAUCACAGCCUACAUUUUCAGAUUUGAAUUACAGGCGAAAACCGUUAAUCGAUAACACUAGCGGAUUUAACACAAUAUCUACCAAAAUAAACGGAAGUGCCGAUUCCAUAGAAAAAUCACAGUUUAAUUCAUCGGUCGAUGAAUAUGAACCAAGUGAUCUUUAUGAAGUUCAUAAUUCAAACGACCCCACACACAUCGAAAAUGACUACGAUUUAGCUUAUAAAAAUAAAGGGUUUAGAGAUAAUUCUACUUUUGCUUCCACAGUGGGUAUGUGGACGGAUUUGAGUAGCCGUGGUGUGUACAGCAGCGCUGAUGUAUUGGAAACCAAUUUAGACCAGGCUCCAUCACCUCCACCUAGGUCCCACAGCCAGCCUUUAGAAACUUCUAUGUGAUACCCUUUGUACCUAAUUUAUUUAUUACGUGAAUCUUUAUUUAUUUUUGCUUAAUUGAUCUCUUAGCCCAGAGAACACACACAUUAAUAUUUAUAUAUAAAAUUUAAUUCUUUAUUAUUAUUUAACCUUUAGUCAUUCAUUCUGAGUUAAUUGUAUUACACUUUGCACUGCCUGCUUGCGACUGUAACUUUUCAGAAAGUUCUUAGACUUGUUAAUGUAUUUAUGAAGACUAUUAUUUAUAGGUUUAGGGAAAUUUGACAAGGUAUUAAAACAUUUUUUUUCGUAUUAUAUAUUAUAAUAAUAACUAUUUAGAUUUUAAGAGUUGUAUUAUUGUUGUGAUUAUGAUUAUUAUAAAUAAAAGUAUUCCGUCCAGUUUACAAAAUCACAUUAGCCGUCCAAAAAUGAUACCUAACUUUAUUAUUAAUU